AUGUCAGUAUGGAGGCAACACUCUGGUAGAAACGGCGUGUUAGUGCCUGGAUUCUCGAGCCGGUCUGAAUGAGAAUUUGGUGAGCAACUGGUGUGUAAGUAUAAUUCAACGUUAAAUUAACAGAAUUUUUCUGCCGGCUUCUCUCUCGUGCUCGCUGCUUGACACUAUUUACUGUUGCUCGUUUGAAAUCCGACCGUACGUAUAUGCUAUUUUUAUCUAUAAUCGCAUUAAUAUAUUCACCAUUCUUUCGAUCGUUGAAAAUAAUACCGCGUAACGUUUCCUACGCUUGUUGACGAAUACAAUAAACGCAAGUUCCGUGAAAGAUUUGCAUUGACUUGCAGAUAUUGUGUAAUUAAUUAAUAUAAUGUACCUGAAAAUUACAAUAAUUAUUACACUACGUUGUAAAAAAAAAAAAAAUUGCAGUUUAGAUGAUAAAUAUUUGAAAAACAUUGUUGAAAAUGAAGAGAACGACAAUGCCCGAUAUCUCUAACGAUCCAUGUUCACGGUCAUCGACCUGUUACUAGGCGUUUCUUCGGGAGACUUUAAUGCCGCGUCGUGUCGCAAUGGAAUUUCAAAAUUUUCCUCGUCAAACAUACCUACAGCAUACUGCCGUGCGCAAAUAUAAAUAUUACGAAACCUGUAUGUCAGAAAUCUGUUUAUUAUUUGUUGGCAACGUAUCAUCAAAGUCUAUGUCUAAAAUUAUUAAUUAUUAAUUGAAUCAUACGCUACUCGUUUAGAUCAUGUUACUGAAAAUGGUGAAUUGCACGACGCUGUGCAGCGUAAUUGCAGCCGCAUUCCUCGUCGUGCUCCUGUUCCUGCUGGCGGUGUACUUUUACCUGCAGUAUUCGUUCGGAGUGUGCAAGAGCAAGAACAGAAUGGACGGGAAGACUGUGAUAAUCACUGGAUGCACUUCCGGUAUCGGGAGAGAAACGGCGAAGGACAUAGCGAGAAGAGGAGCAAGAUUGAUUAUGGCAUGCAGAAAUUUGGAGGCAGCGAACAAAUUGAAAGACGAAUUAAUAAAGGAAUUUGGUAAUGAAAACAUCGUUACACGAAAACUAAACUUGUCGUCAUUGUCCUCGGUGAGGGAAUUUGCACGGCAAAUCAACCGUGAAGAAUCCAGAUUGGACGUGUUAAUUCACAACGCGGGAACAGCAGAAGUAUUUAGAAAAGAAGUGAACGAAGAUGGACUGGAAAUGACCAUGGCAACGAAUCACUAUGGUCCAUUCUUACUCACGCAUCUUUUGAUCGAUCUACUGAAACUAUCGAAACCAAGUCGAAUAGUGGUUGUUGCAUCGGGACUGUACUUUCUAGCAAAGUUAAACCUGAACAACCCAAAUCCAGUAACAUCUUUGCCUGCCUACUUGUACUAUGUCUCCAAAUAUGCAAAUAUCGUCUUUACGUUAGAAUUAGCACGACGUCUCGAAGGUUCUGGCGUUACUGCCAAUUGCCUUCAUCCUGGUCUAAUAAACACGGGAAUCUGGAAGAAGGUGCCACCUCCGUUCUCUUGGGCAUUGACCUUUCUGCUGAAAGUAUUUUGCAAAACGCCUGAACAAGGUGCGCAAACAACGAUACAUCUUGCAGUGUCCAGCGAAGUCGAUGGAAUUUCUGGCAAAUAUUUCUCAGAUUGUCGUGAAACCAACCUUCUUGACGGAAUAAAAGAUCCAUCGAUUGGUAAGAAGUUUUGGGAGCUUAGUGAAACCAUAGCGAAACUCCAGCCAUCGGAUCCAAAAAUCUAGAUGACCUAAACAUAUUUCAUUAGUUUAUAUACUUAAAAAAACUGUAAAUUUCCUGCCACUAAAACAUUUCUAAUUCAGUAAAUAGACUUCUUUGUACGAAUAAUUUGUAUUAAAUUACAGGGAAUAAUUAGGUAAUAAUUGUAUUAAAUUACAAGAAAUAAUUAGAUAAUAUUAUAAUUACAUUAACGUAACGCUAUUAAAGAAUAAUAAAAUAUUUCUCAUGUUUUAUAUACAUACAUACACGUAUAUUCUAAUUUUAUUCAAAGAGACAGCAGCAUCUAUAUAUAUAUAUAUAUUU